UUGACGUUGAGAACUUUUGGACGGGAACCACGAGACAACCCUCAAGCGUCACCACGAAACAAUCAUGCGGAGAGCACGUGGACUCCGGGUAUCGUCAACCCGCGACAUCUGCAUCUUGUGCGCCACACGCCAAUUGGCAGCCGUGAACCCGCCCUCUUCCUCCUCCUCGUCGACGCAGCGGCGACACUUGAACUCGUCAAGUACUUCGCAAUCCGCAGAAGCCAUUCUCUACAAAAAUGACAAUCCGCCCGCAAAACCAAUGUCGCAGGCCGAGCGCAUGCGCCAGGCAUUGGCCGCAAGUGUGCCAAAGCCCCCGCCUGCACAACCUCAGGGUGGACAUGCGCCUCCACAGGCUCAAGGGGGGCACAUGUCUCAGGCGCAGAGAAUGAGAUCGUCACUAGGAACCCACGCGCCUCCAAGAUCUGCCCCGCAAGUACAUCGACAACCCCCACCGGAGCGACGACCCGUGAAUAGAGGUGGCGUGUUCGAUGGCCCCGGCCGCAGUCAGGAUAGAGAUAGAUUCGCCCCACCCCCCAGAAGAUCAGCUGGCAAUGAGGGUUUUCACGACAACAGGCCGCCGCCACAGAACCGGUUCAGAGUCAACAUGGACUCAAGACCGCCCGUGAACAUGCCUGCUUUCGGCUCGGAGCAUCUGAGGCGUAGGAACGAAUCGGUAGGGCAAGAAUCACAGCCACCACAGUUUAUGGGAGGUGAAAGGAGUUCUGUAACCCGAAGGAUGCCACCCAAGAGGGAGAUGCUCGACCGAGAUGAGAUCUCGAAACUGUUAGGCAACAACUCUACCAAAAGUCCCACACAAACGCCACACCAACCACUCAGUCGAGACUACAACGCGACAAAGAAGUGCUUUCACUGCGGCUCAUUAGGACAUAUAAGCUCUGCAUGUCCGACAAAACCGACACUUCGCGAGCCUCCGGCUUCCCAGCGGUCUACUCCAACCUUUGACACAGUAUCCCAGCGAUCUGCAACAACCCCCGAUUCAGGGACUCAACGAAAAGUCACAUUCAGUCCUGCAGCUCACCGAACACAGGAACAGAAAGAGUCGGUGGCGGACGCUGCGGAGGCGUGGGUAAAGAAUCAUAAGACCAUUACGGAAGUCGAGCAGCCUUAUCAGGAAUCAUUCGAAAGGGAGAACAAGGCCCGUACUAUUGAGCAGGAAAGGAGAAGGAGCCAAUUCGCAUGGGAAGACGUGGAAAUGGAAACUAAGAACCGUUACGAUGAGCCUGAACGUCGUCCAGAAAGACAUAGAGGCCGACGGCGAAUGGUACAGCAAGAAGACGACGACCAAGAAGAGCGCCAAGUGGGCAAAGCAGAGCGAAAACGGCUACGAGCGGAGGCAAAGAAGGCAGCACAGAUAGCAAAGGCCGAACCAACACGCAUUGUUCUCCCCGAGUUUGUCAGUGUGGCCAAUCUUGCUGGUAUCUUGAGGAUGCGAGUCGAGGAUUUUGUGUCAAAGUUGGAAGAGCUAGGAUUUGAAGAUGUGCAGAACGAUCAUAUCCUGAACGCAGAACAUGCUGGCCUCAUCGCCCAGGAGUACAAUUUCGAGCCCGUUUUCCUGGCAGAAGAAGAGGAUGGUGAUUUGUACCCAGCCCCUGAAAUCUCGCCCGAAGAAUACAUCAACCUCCCUGCGAGACCACCAGUUGUCACCAUCAUGGGCCAUGUUGACCAUGGCAAGACUACAAUUCUUGACUACAUGCGUUCGACAAGUGUCGCUGCGACCGAAUUCGGCGGUAUUACACAGCACAUUGGUGCUUUCAGCGUGCCCCUAGCCAACGGCAAGAAAAUCACAUUCCUCGACACUCCGGGUCACUCUGCCUUUGAGACGAUGCGCGCUCGUGGCGCUAACGUCACUGAUAUCGUUGUGCUAGUUGUCGCGGCCGACGAUUCAGUUAUGCCACAAACCGUUGAAGCCAUUAAACACGCUCAGGCCGCCAAGGUACCGAUGAUUGUCGCCAUCAACAAGAUGGACAAACAGGGCGCGGACGCAGAUGCCGUUAAGCUGGACCUUGGUCGCCAUGGUAUCGAGAUCGAGGAUUUUGGUGGUGAAGUCCAAACUGUCUGCAUCAGCGGAAAGACAGGGCAGGGUAUCCCCGAUCUUGAAGAAGCCAUUUCAACACUAUCUGAGACGCUAGACCACCGCGCCGACCGUGACGCUUCCGUCGAGGGCUGGGUUCUCGAAGGUACAACCAAGAAGUCUGGACGUCUGGCUACUGUACUUGUACGUAGCGGUAUUCUCCGUCAAGGUACUAUGCUCGUUGCCGGUACGACCUGGACACGAGUACGUACCCUGCGUAAUGAAGCUGGUGUCGUAGUCGAAGAAGCCGGACCUGGUAUUGCCGUUGAAGUCGACGGUUGGCGCGACCAGCCUAUUGCAGGCGACGUGGUGCUGCAAGCAACUGAUGAGCAGCACGCAAGUGCCGUUGCCUCUCUCCGCACCCAGAAGGUCGAGAGGGAACAGAUGGCACGCGACGUGGAUGCUAUUAACGAGUCGCGCCGCAAUGAAGCUGAGCGUCGCGAGGCGGAAGACAAGGCCGAGAAGGCUGCUGCCAAAGGCGAGGAGGCGGUUGUUGAGGAGGUCAAGGAGAGUGGACCAGCAGUCGUAAGCUUCAUCAUCAAAGGCGAUGUAUCUGGGUCGGUGGAAGCAGUCGUCGACUCUCUGACCGCGCUCGGCAACGGCGAAGUUUCCGCCCGCAUCCUACGCCAUGGCGUGGGCUCACCGUCGGAAUUCGACAUACAGCACGCUGCCGAUGCCCAGGGACAUAUUGUCAACUUCAACACCAUCAUCCCCAAUCAUGUCGCCAAGCUUGCGGAAGAAAAGGGCGUAAAGAUUCUCGACAGCAACAUCAUCUACCGCGUCGUCGAGAACGUCAAGGAACUCCUCUCUGAGAAACUGAAGCCCAAUGUCAUCCAGAAAGUCACCGGCGAAGCUGAAAUCGCAGUCGUCUUCGACAUUGGCCUCGGCGGGAGAAAGAAGAUGAAGAUUGCCGGGUCCAAAGUACGCAAUGGCGUUGUGGACAGGGGGACCAAGGCCCGCGUGCUGCGUGGUGAGAAUGUCGUGUUUGAUGGUGUCGUUAACUCUCUCAAGAACGUCAAGAAAGACGUCGAGUCUAUGCGUAAGGAUACCGAGUGUGGUAUUGGGUUUGAAGGGUGGGAGGAUUUCAAGGUCGGGGAUAAGAUUCAAUGUUAUGACGAGAAGCAUGAGAAGAGGAGCUUGUAGGAUAUUUGUUGAUAUUUGUUUCAUGUUCGGCGACGGAUAGCAUUGGCGGAGUUGUGAUAGAAUGGUGUGGUUGCAUCUGAGUAUGUGGGGUGUGGGAGUGCGAGCAUGUAGGAUCAUAUGUAUGAAUAAGACACUUGAGUAUAGGAUCCGCUC